CCUUUAACGAUUCAUACCAAUGCCAAGUUAGAGUGCUGGGUCCAAAGACUGUACUGCUAGCUAGCUACAUUGCAUUGUAGCACGUAGAGCUAGCUAAAGACAGGAUCUAGGAUCUAGGAGCAGUGUGAUAUGGGAGCUGCCAGUAGUGUAUUACCUAAGACCUCUGUGUCGUUCUCCCUGAAUGGGCGUGCUGUGAUCGUGGACAAUGCCAGUCCUAGGUUAACUCUGAACGAGUGGUUGCGCUUGCAGCCAGGGCUCUCAGGAACAAAGAGGAUGUGUGCAGAGGGUGGCUGUGGCUGCUGUGUUGUUACUGCAACCAUGCCAGAUCUUGUCUCUAACAGCACCAAAACUGUCGCCAUCAACUCAUGUCUGUGUCCAUUGUACUCCGUGGAUGGAUGGGCCAUAACGACUGUGGAGGGCAUUGGGGACUCCAAACGAGGGUUCCACCCAAUUCAGUCUAAGGUGGCAGAGUUAAACGCUAGUCAGUGCGGAUAUUGCACUCCUGGCUUUGUCAUGUCCAUGUACAGUUUGUUGAAGGCCAAACCAGACCCCAGCAAACAAGAGGUGGAAGAUAACUUUGACGGUAAUCUGUGUCGCUGCACUGGCUACCGAUCUAUCCUGGAUGCCAUGAAGUCUUUUGCCUCAGAGAAGGCUGCACACAAUGAUUGUGGCGUUGCAUGUGUGGACAUAGAGGAUCUUAAUGGUGGAAAUGUGUGUCGCAAGGAGAAGGUGGUUGGGGGUAUGAGGUCUGAUGAGGGUCAGUGGUACCGCCCAGUUUCUCUCUUUGAGCUGGCCAGUGUCUUUAGUGAGGCUACCCAGAGUAGUAAGACCAUCAAGCUGCUCUGUGGAGACACUGGAAGAGGUGUAUUCAAGGUCCCUGAGAAUUUUGAUGUGUAUAUUGAUGUGAAGGCUGUUCCUGAGCUCAACCAAGUGACGGUGACUGCCGAGGGGAUGAGAGUGGGAGCAGGAGUGCCUCUGGCAGUGCUCCUAGCUCAGCUGACGAUCCACCAGUCACCCGUCUUUCAGCAUCUGGCAAAACACCUCCUCAAGAUUGCCAAUGUCCCUGUAAGGAACGUUGGCUCCUGGGCCGGCAACCUUAUGCUCACCCAUGACCAUGACAACUUUCCCUCUGACGUUUUUACCAUUAUGGUUGCCGCUGGGGCCUCCAUUGCUCUCGGCUUCUCCAAUGACAAAUACACUGCUGUUGACUUGUGGACUUUCUUGAAGCAAGACAUGAGCAAACAGAUGAUAUUGUUCAUGGACAUUCCAGUUGGUGGGUCUGACAUGGUUUUCAGGAGCUACAAAAUUAUGCCAAGAGCAGAGAAUGCCCACGCCUAUGUGAAUGCAGCUUUCUCUGCCCAAGUGGACUCUUCUAACAGUUUCACAGUCAAAACACCUCCCGCACUCGUGUUCGGAGGAAUUGACACCCAUGCUGUGGAAGGUGCUUCAACUUCUGUCUUCCUCAAUGGCAAGAGCCUUCUGGAUCCCAACACUCUCAAAGGUGCUUUGGAGGUUCUGAGCAAGGAGUUGGUCCCCAACUCACCCCCAGGAGCAGCAUCACCAGACUACAGAAAGAGUCUGGCAAUCAACCUUUUCUACAAGUUCUACCUGGAGGCUAUCCCUGGACACCUUUCUCAAGUAGUGGCGUCUGCAGCUGCUCCGUACGUGCGACCUGUGUCGUCGGGCAACCAGACCUACUCGUCUAACCCUACUGAGUACCCCAUCAGUAAACCCCUGCCUAAACUCACAGCGUCUCUUCAGGCUUCAGGUGAGGCGCAGUAUACAUCUGACAUCCCCCCUCUACCCAACCAGUUAGCCGCUGCUUUUAUUCUCACUACUCAGGCUAAUGCUACAGUAACAGCCAUGGACACCAGCAAAGCAGAAGGUAUGCCAGGUUUUGUGCAGGUCCUAAAAGCUUCUGACAUUCCGGGCAAGAACACUUUUGUCUCUCCUAACUCCACCAUCAUGCCAGAAGAAUUGUUUCUUGAUAUUAACAGGGUGUCUCAGUACGCUGGUCAAGCAGUAGGAUUGGUCCUUGCUGACACUCAGGAACAGGCCAAUCAGAUUGCAGCGGCAGUGACGAUGCAAUAUCAUAGUCAAGGAAAGCCAAUCCUUAAUUUGGAGGAUGCCAUUCGCAGUAAUUCCUUCUUCACCACCCCCUCAAAGGAGACCACCACUGUCGGAGACCCCACCACUGCCAUUCAGAACUCGGAUCAUGUGAUUUCUGGUCAGAUAUCUUGUGGUAGUCAGUACCACUUCACCAUGGAGACGCAGACAGCUGUGGUUGUUCCACUUGAGGAGGGCUAUGCUGUUUACAGUGCUACCCAGUGGAUAGAUAAUGUGCAGGCCGCAGUAGCCGGGGUCUUGGGGGUUGGUGCCAGCUCCGUAGAUGUCUCCAUCAAGAGAGUAGGUGGAGCAUACGGAUCCAAACUAACAAGAGCAAACAUGGUUGCAGCUGCGUGUGCAGUUGGUGCUCAUGCCUCACGUAGACCUGUGAAGAUGCACAUGGACCUAGAAACCAACAUGAAGCUGGUUGGCAAGAGGUUUCCUUACCUCGCUACCUACCAGAUUGGCUUCAGUAAGGAUGGUAUUUUGAAUGGUGUCAAGGUGACUGUGUACACUGACUGUGGCUGGAACCCAAAUGACAACUACCUCUCGGUGGCAGCAGACCAUAUUGACAAUGCCUACCACUGUCCUAACUGGGAAAUAACCACUAGAGCGUGCAAGACAAACACUCACGCGAACACUUAUUGUCGAUCGCCAGGCACUUUACCUGCCAUCUUCAUCAUGGAGAGUAUGAUCGACCACGUGGCUCGCUCCCAAGGUCUAGUGGUGGAGAAUGUCAAGAGGGCCAACCUCUACAAGCAAGGCAUGGUAACUCCGCGAGGCUAUCCUCUCAAGUACUGCAACAUCUCAGCUGUUUGGGAUCAGCUCUACCAGUCUGCUGAUGUUGAGAGUCGGAAGACUGAAGUGGCUGCUUACAACAAGGCGAGUCUUUGCAAACAAAAAGGCAAACUUACAUGUACGUAUAUGCAGGGCAAUCGCUGGCGUAAACGUGGACUGACGAUGAUGCCUCUGAGGUUCGGAAUAGCUUGGAAUGGUUCACCAUACACAGUCCUGGUCAGUAUAUAUGCUGAUGAUGGCACAGUGGCCAUAGCUCACGGUGGAGUUGAGAUUGGGCAGGGAAUCAACACUAAGGUGGCUCAGGUGGCUGCUAAAGUGUUGGGAGUGCCCAUAGGCUUUGUGAAGAUCAAACCAACCAACUCUCUCACCAAUUCGAAUGCUGCAGGAACAGGGGGAAGCAUUGGAAGUGAACUCAACUGUUUGGGUACAAAAAAUGCUUGUGGUGUACUAAAUGGUAGGAUUCAGCCCAUCCGUGUGAAGAAUCCGGACCUCUCAUGGCCGGACCUCGUUAAGAAGUGCUACUCUGAGGGGAUUGACUUGUCGGCAAGAUUCUUUGUGAAUGAAAAUAUCCCAAGCUACUAUGUGUACAACACAUGGGGGACGGCAGUGUCUGAGGUUGAGGUGGAUGUUCUGACUGGAGAAACACAGAUUCUGAGGGUGGACAUUCUUUACGACUGCGGACAGAGCAUCAAUCCAGAUAUAGACAUUGGCCAAGUUGAGGGGGCAUUUGUGAUGGGUCUUGGCUACUGGCUCACAGAAAGGGUUCUCUACGAUGAAGACUCUGGACAGCUGCUCACUCACAAUACCUGGGAGUACAAGCCUCCCUCCUCUAAAGACAUUCCUAUUGAUUUUCGAGUCAAACUCCUCGAGAAUACUCCUAAUCCUGUCGGCAUCCUUAGCUCCAAAGCCUCUGGAGAGCCGCCUCAGUGUAUGAGCUGCUCUGUGCUGUUUGCUGCCAAGAGGGCCAUCGAGAGUGCUAGACAAGAUGCUGGGAAUACUGACUAUUUCCCUCUUGUGGGACCUGCUACAGUCGAGGCUAUUCAGACUGCUUGUUUGGUCAACUCCAGCCAGUUUAUUUUCUAAACUGUUGUGUGUUUAUAAUUUUUUAUAAUUAUUAUAAAGCAGGUACAUGUAGUAUAAUUAUAGUGUAUGGGAUUUAACAUGCGGUGACUUUUCGAAA